CUCCAGUCCAGUAGGCGGCGUCAAUACAUGUUGCGGUUAGUUUGCUAGCUGCCGUUAAGCAUCAAUAGAACACGAAGAAAAAGCGAAAUAAAGCCUAGGGAGAACCCGAAGAUUUCAUGCCAGAGAUUUAAACCCAGCAUGUCAGCCAUACCAGAUCAAAGCCCAGCUUCCACUGGCUCCAGUGGACUUGCUGAUCUGUCCACCGAACACAAGAGAGGGAAACAUUUAAAUAGGACACUGUCGAAAAGCUCCAGGCGCGAUUGUCGGAUAAACAUUGGCUUGGCCUUUAAAAAUUGGCGUUCCCUCAAAGUGUCAUAUGGAUUCAGGUCUGAUGCAGAGAUGGCCUUGAAUCUUCUGGAUGAACUGAAGACAUUACCUCCUGGGUCUGGUCCAACUCGAGCCAGUGAUAUGAAGCUAAAGACCUCUCAAUCAGAAGUGCAAACUCUGAUUGAGCAGGAGGUCCAGAAAGCAGUGGCAAACAGAGAAAGGGAGCUUCAGAGUGUUAUACAACACAUUCAAGACACAAACGAUGAAAUCCGCUUAGAAACUUCCAUUCAGAAACUAGAGAAUCGAAUCAGUGCAAUAGCGAGGAGAGCCGAGGUAGUUUUCUCCCACAUAGCAAAUACUCAGAAACAGAGUUCUCCAUCUUCCACUGGUAACACUGACAUCCUCAGGGAAACCCCACAGCAUGACACCGUGGAAGCAAUGCCACAGAUAGAGAAAAAAAAACCCAGCUGUGAAGCAAAAGGUGGGGAGCUUCUCCAAAUGAUGGAAAUGACAAGAAAUGCACUGAAGCUGUUGUGUGCUGAUAAUGAAGUGUUGACCACUGCUAUGGCAGAUUUAGAACCGCAGGAGCCUCCUCCUGUUCUUACUCCUUGGGGUUCUCCUGACUCUAAGGAAAUAAACAGGGAACUAAAGGAUCGGUGCUCAAGUAAUGAAGAUUUAUGUGAGAAGAAGCCACCACCAUGUCUCGUUCCCUUCGACUCUUCAGAGUGCAUGGUAGGAUCGGGGUCCAUCAGAGGUUGUCAAAUUCAGAAACUUGCCAGCACAAUAAAAAGAGAGGUAACAGAUUUCCAAGAAGAAGACUACAAUGACAAGAAGCUAGAGCAUUUUGAGGAGCCAGUGGCUAAAAGGAUAAAAAAAGAUGAUUCCCCUCCCAGCCAGAGCAGCAGUCCUCCGCUCAAAGAAAUAGAAGGCAUAGAACCAAUGAAGGAUGUUGAGGAUAUGUUCUUUUAUCCGCCUCUUCCCAACAUCCCCUUCCCUUCCGUCCUGAAGAUGGAAGCAGCAUCGUAUAGUUUGCCUCAAAGAGUAGACGUAAAUCUUGCCUUCAUUAGGAACCCAACUCGAAUAUCCGUUCUCUGGAACGUGGAGGACAAAAACCCCUGUGCGCCGCCUAUGGAAAGUUACACCAUCCUCCUGACGAUGGAGACCUUUAAAGGGAGUGGCGUCUUCCUCAAGUGGGAUACUUACGAUAAACUGGAGGCCAAGUCUCUGCCCAUGUGUGCUCUGAUCAAUAAGUACAAGCGUGGCCACAGGUUGUGUGCGGCUGUAGUGGGCAAAGACAUAUUUGGCCGAUAUGGACCCUAUAGUAAAGUUGCUACAGCGAUCCUGCCUGAUUAGUUAAGAAUAGAAAUUUAGAAUAUUUAGAAUAGAAAUAAUUUUUUUACACAAACAGAUCUCAGUUUAAUUAAAACAAAACAAAUGCACAUAAAAUAUUUAGCUUCAUAUAGAGGACAUAUACAAACCUACAGCUGGGUGUUACUGAUUAAGAUGGUGGAGCAACAACAUGGUACUGUUUCUUUAAAAACAAAGUAGCAAGAUUUGAACUAAAUGUUGGAUUUUUUUUUUUAUUGUUUGCAAUAAAGUUCAUAUUUUAAUGUUG